UUCUCUCUUCAAAAACCACAACCCCCUUCACAUUUCAUCAUUUUUCUCAAGAGCCUAUAAACAUUUUAAUUAAUUUCUUAUAAGCAUUAUUCAUACUGAAUAUAAUCAACGCACGUAUAUAGAAGCUAGUGAUAAGCACUAGCAAUGGCUCAUAUUAAGAUGUUGAUAUGGGCAUAUUGCUUGGCGCUAUCGACUAGUAAUUUUGCCUAUGGCCUUGGUGUCAAUUGGGGUACACAAGCUGCACAAACUUUGCAGCCUUCAACAAUUGUACAAAUGCUCAAAGAUAACAAGAUUGAUAAAGUCAAAUUGUUUGAUUCUGAUCAUUGGACUGUAAAAUACUUUGCUGGUACUGGUAUUGAGGUCAUGAUUGGAAUCCCAAAUAACCAACUGGGAAAAUUUGCAGAUGAUUAUGACUUUGCCAAGGAAUGGGUGAAAAAUAAUGUCAGCACACAUUUGUAUGAUGGAGGUGUUGAUAUAAAGUACAUAGCAGUUGGAAACGAACCAUUCUUGAAAUCAUACAAUGGUUCAUUCAUGAAAUCUACAUUCCCAGCUUUACAAAAUGUACAAAAGGCCCUUAAUUCAGCUGGCCUUGGUGACAAAAUCAAAGCUACCAUCCCACAAAACGCCGAUGUUUAUGAGUCUGGUAAUUCAGGUCCGUCACAGGGUAAUUUUCGAUCAGACAUCCGAGACCUGAUGCAGAAGAUUUGCCGUUUCUUCAAAGACAAUAAUGCUCCGUUCCUCGUAAAUAUAUAUCCUUUCCUUAGUCUACACGAAAACAAAAAUUUCCCUAUAGAAUUUGCAUUUUUCGAUGGUCAAUCAAAGCCAGUACGUGACAAUGGAAUAUCAUACACUAACAUGUUCGAUGCGAAUUUGGACACGUUAGUAGUGUCAAUGAAGAAAGCUAAUUGUCAAGGGGUGAAAGUAAUUGUUGGAGAAAUUGGUUGGCCAACAGAUGGAGAUUUGUAUGCAAAUGUGACAUUGGCUAAAAAAUUUUAUAGUGGAUUUUUCAAGAAAAUGGCUACCAAAAAGGGAACACCACUAUACCCUGGAUAUAUUGAGUAUUAUCUUUUUAGUUUAACAGAUGAGAACCAAAAGAGUAUUGCACCAGGAAGUUUUGAACGUCAUUGGGGUAUUUUUAAGUAUGAUGGACAGCCUAAGUUUGCAAUGGAUUUAUCAGGGCAAGGACAUGAGACAAUGCCUGUUGGUGCAAAGAAUAUUAAGUACUUGGAGAACAAAUGGUGCGUUUUGAACAAAUAUGCUGAAGAUAUAGGUAAACUACCUUCGAGCGUACAAUAUGCUUGCUCUAGGGCAGAUUGUACAGCAAUGUCAUAUGGAGGAUCAUGCAACAAGUUGGAUGCAGACGGAAAUGUUUCAUAUGCAUUCAACAUGUAUUACCAAAUGAACGGUCAAGAUGUGGAAUCUUGUGUUUUUGAUGGAUUGGCACAAAUUGUGGAGAAAAAUGCUUCUAUUGGUUCGUGUCUAUUCCCUAUUGGGUUGGAGAGUGCUGGUGUCAGAAUUGGUUUGGAUGCAAUUCUUAACAUUCUUGUUGGUUUCUUCCUCUUUUUGGCACUUCUCCUGCAUUUGGGAAUGGCAAACAGCAAGUAUGAAUACGUCAAGUGUUUUGAGGUGGAAGACGAAGUAAUGUACCCAAAUAUCGUCGUCGUUCAAAUUGAUGGCCGCGACUUUGGCAGUUUCUCAGAGAAGCAUGGAUUUGAGAAGCCGAAUGAUGAAAAAGCCUUGAAGUUGAUGAAUGCUUGUGCUAUUAAGGUAUUAGAGAACUUCUCUGAUGUUAUAUUUGCGUAUGGAUUUAGUGAUGAGUACAGUUUUGUUUUGAAGAAGGAAACCACAUUUUACCAGAGGCGAGCAAGCAAAAUACUAUCCAUUAUCGUGUCUUUCUUCUCAUCUACAUAUGUAACCAAAUGGAAAGAGUUCUUUUCUCAAAAGGAGUUAAGUGCGUCUCCAUCAUUCCAUUCACGAGUUAUCAGCUGUGCAUCAAUGGAGGUUCUUCAGGCAUAUCUUCUAUGGAGACAAACAGAUUGUCAUGUAAGCAAUCAAUACAAUACUUGUUUGUGGAAGCUGGUGUUGUCUGGAAAGUCAGAAAAGGAGGCCAAAGAGAUUCUUAAGGGAACACAAAAGCAGGAGCAAAAUGAAUUACUCUUUCAGCAGUUUGGUAUCAACUACAAACACCUUCCUCAGAUUUUUCGUCAAGGAUCUUGUGCCAUCAAGAUAAAGGUGGACGAUAUUGUGAAAUACCGUGAAAAUGGCACUCCUGUUAAAAGACCAAGGAAGAAAGCAGUCAUAGUUCACUCUGAAAAUGUAGCAACAAAAAGGUUCUGGAAUAACUACUCAUGCCUUACUGAGGAACUUGGUUCGCUCGCAGAAGGGAUUAACAAGAUUAAACCAGAGUAUUUGAGGUCUUUCCAAUUUGAAAGCAGGUUGAUGUUAUCUACUUGGGUUGUAGUACGGAUAGACGGCUGUCAUUUCCACAGGUUUUGUGAAGAUAAUGGUUUUCAGAAGCCAAAUGAUGAGCAGGCACUGAAACUUAUGAACUCUUGUGCGGUUUCUUUGCUAGAGAUUUUUAAGGAUAUCAUCUUUGCAUAUGGGGUGAGCGAUGAAUACAGCUUUGUUUUGAAGAAAGAUUCUCUAUUGUAUCAGAGGCGGUCAAGCGAAAUCGUCUCUGCCAUUGUAUCUCUUUUCUCUUCCAUGUAUGUGAUGAAGUGGAAAGAGUUUUUCGCUGAGAAAGAGUUUAAGGAACCACCUUAUUUUGAUGGCCGAUCUGUUUGCUAUCCAUCAUCUGAGAUUCUUCGAGAUUACUUGGCUUGGAGACAAGUUGAUUGUCACAUAAACAAUCAGUACAAUACUUGUUUCUGGCUGCUUGUUAAGUCUGGAAAGAGCAGAACUGAAGCACAAAGCUCCCUGAAGGGUACUCAAACUCAAGAAAAAAAUGAAUUGCUUGCCAAGUUUGGCAUUGAUUACAAUGCGUUACCAAUUAUAUUUCGGAUGGGGUCCUCCGUUUUCCGGGACAGAGAUGAACCAACAGGAAAUGACAGAGUAGUUGUUGAACACUGUAACAUAAUCGAGACGAGUUUUUGGAAAGAACAUCCGAGAAUACUUGAUGAGGAGCAACCAUUGCUAACGAUUUUACGGCCCCAUAGCAAUAAAAUGCUUCGAUUGUCUUGAAGUUGAGGAGUUGCUACCUAAGUUAUUAACCAUUUUUCAUUAGGUUAGAAAGAUAGUUCCAAAAUUUGUUAAAUAUGUAGAUUAGCCAUUUGCCUUUGAUUUGCCCUUUACUUCUUUUUUUCUUCUAAAGAUUUGUCUAACAAAACUCUCCUGUAUAUUGCUGUUCACUCAAGUUCAUUCAAAAAAUUUAGUAAACAAGAUUUUUGUGUUGUAUCACAUUCAAUAUUUAGCUCCACAA